AUGUUUGCCAAGAAAAAGAAGAAGCCACAAAUUUCACCUCCGACCAACUUUGAACAUCGAGUUCAUACUGGCUUUGAUAAGAGAGAAGGCAAGUUUGUUGGUCUUCCACUUCAAUGGGCCUCGAUCGUUGGCAACAAUCAGAUAUUGAAGAGCACGAAUAGACCUCUUCCCCUUGUGGAUCCUUCGGAAAUUACUCCAACUGAAAUUCUUGAUCUCAAGACUAUUGUAAGAGGUGAGGGUAAAGCUUCAUCUGGCAGGCCAGACGAGGGUAUUCCUAAGACUUCAAAUGUAGCUCGUUCGAAUAGCUUGAGGUCCUCGAGCCCACCUCGCCAUCGAAGACCUCCCCGAUCUAACAUCCCUCCUCCACUUCCUGAGGGACAGGUCCUCUUCAUGCCACACACCCAGAAUGUUAGUGGAAAUUCUCCUGUCGAUUGGCGAGGACCACCUCCUCCUCCAUAUCAUCCUCCUCUCAUCACCAAUGGCAACAAUAAUACGAGUAUGGUUGGGAACAUGAUACCCACUCACGAAACUAAUUCAAUUACGAAUAGGAUGGUGACGAUGCAGGCGAACCAGCAUUUAAACAAAAUGAACGAAAAUAUGCGUCUACCUGACCAAAACCAAAACUUGAACAAAAAUGGUACACCCCAAACUCCUCAACAGCACCAACAGCAGCAGCUGUUGUCUAAACAGCAACACCAAGACCAGCAAAGGAUUUCUCAUGAACAGUUCAGAGCAACACUUGAGCUGGUAGUGAAUCCAGGAGACCCCCGAGACCGAUUGGAACAGUUUCAAAAGAUUGGUGAAGGGUCAACCGGAACUGUGUGUACUGCCCUCGAUAGAGCUACAGGCCGCAGGGUCGCCGUCAAGAAGAUGGAUCUCAGGAAACAGCAGAGGAGAGAACUUCUGUUCAAUGAAGUUGUCAUCAUGAGGGAUUACCACCACCCCAAUAUUGUAGAGAUGUAUGAGUCAUACUUGGUCGGCGAUGAGCUGUGGGUAGUAAUGGAAUACUUGGAGGGUGGAGCUUUAACGGAUAUUGUGACUCAUGCCAGGAUGGAUGAGGAACAAAUUGCCACAGUCUGCAAGCAGUGCUUAAAGGCAUUAUCAUAUCUUCACUCCCAGGGUGUUAUCCAUAGAGACAUCAAGAGUGACUCCAUCCUUCUUGCAGCAGAUGGCAGGGUGAAGCUAUCUGAUUUCGGAUUCUGUGCUCAAGUGUCAGAGGAACUUCCAAAGAGAAAAUCUCUUGUUGGUACACCGUAUUGGAUGUCUCCUGAGGUUAUCUCUCGUCUUUUAUAUGGACCAGAAGUGGACAUUUGGUCUUUAGGUAUAAUGGUAAUUGAAAUGGUAGAUGGUGAACCACCUUUCUUCAAUGAGCCUCCACUGCAGGCGAUGAGAAAAAUCAGGGACAUGGCUCCACCCAAACUGAAGAACACUCAUAAGGUUUCUGGGCGAUUGCAGGGAUUUUUAGAGCGUUUGUUGGUGAGAGACCCCGCUCAGAGAGCGACAGCCGCUGAGCUGUUACAGCAUCCUUUCUUACGCCAGGCUGGGCCUCCAAGCCUCCUCGUGCCUUUGAUGAGAGCCUCAUCUCAUACCAAUUGCUAG